AAUGCAUGAGCAGUCUACAAUGCCAACAUCAAAUUGAACCAAAAGAUAGUUAUACAACAUCCAACAAUAGAGCAGACAUUGUUGUGUUUGACUCAACAUGUGGGGGAAAUGUUGAGCUUGAUGUGGCCCUUGCUCAUCCCUGGAGCCAGGACAUUCUGCGAAGUGCAGCAACUAUGGAUGGAGCUGCAGCAAGAAGAAGAGAAGACAUCAAACAUAGCAAAUAUUCUCAAGGGCACUUGCCUGGAGGGUACACUCCUACCCUUACUCCACUACUUUUCGAGCACUUUGGUGGGUGGGGAGAAGAAGCAUCAACGUUCCUCAAUAAACUUUCCAAACUAUAUAGAGAUGAAGAAGGAAGAAACAAUCCCUCAGAUUUUAAAACACAUUGGAGAAGACGCUUGUCAGUACAACUUCAGCGUUGCAAUGCCUCAGUGUUGGCUAGAAAGAUGAUCAGAGUAACAUAUGGACAGAAUGCUGACCAGAGUUUAGAUGUUGUUCAACUUUCAAUUCAGUAAACUAAAUUUCGGUUUGUAGGCUCCAUGGGGGAGCUUUUAAUGCUAAUUGUUAUUUGUGUAAUUGUAAUUGUAGUUGUGACACUUGUUGUUCAUUAGCUGUUACUUUAGUUUCACCUGUAUUAGCUUUGAUGUAUAACAAUAUAUGAAAGAUUGACAGACAGACAGACAAAAUAUAUGAAAAUUUGACAGACAGACAGACAGACAGGCAGAAACAGACAAA